GUGAGGACGCCCUCCGUCAGCGGGUUGCCUCUGGACAUCAAGCCCCGGGAACUCUACCUGCUCUUCAGGCCCUUCAAGGGCUACGAAGGGUCUCUCAUCAAACUCACCUCCAAGCAGGUAGGNNUCGUCAGCUUUGACAGCCGCUCCGAGGCGGAGGCGGCGAAGAACGCGCUGAAC